AUGUCUUCAGCUACUUCUCCACUACGCAACAAGUCAUGGAGGCGCGACUCUUAUCUCAUAUCCACAGACCCCAGUACUAUACCACUCGCAAGGGUCGUCGCCAUCUUUGCCUCUGAUGAAUUCUACUGGGCCAAGCCGCUUCCCGAAGAUGCGAUGAGGGACAUGCUCGAAAGCUGCCUCUUCUUCGCUCUGUACGAUACCAAACAAUCGUCAAUCACCUCAGAUACGCAAGAGGCCAGCGAUGAACCCCGCAAGCUUGUCGGCAUAGCCCGCGGUAUCACAGACUACACGACCUUUCUCUACCUUACCGAUGUCUGGGUCGACCCAGCAUACCGCGGCCAAGGUCUCGGAAAGUGGCUCAUGGAAUGUGUACGCGAGGUAACCGAUUCGAUGCCUCAUCUGCGAAAAAUAAUGCUUGCUACUGGUGACUGGGAAAGGACUGUUCCGUUCUAUGAGACAAUUAUGGAUAUGAAGGUGACGGAGGGUCAGCGGGGAGAGACCAGAGCGAUUAUGGAGCGAAGAGGACGAGGACAUCCGAAGUUUGGGCAGUAA